GACCACUAACAUCCGCCUCUGAAAGUGGCGCUGCAUCCUCAACAUCAGUGGGUGAUGGCUGCCGCAUCGGGGAGCGCGCAGGUAUUGGCACAACUGUCGAUGCACUCUACUCUGAAACAACUUUUGUGAUCGUCAGCUGCGCAGAUGGACAAAAGAGAGCUUCGUCUAGAGACACUAUCAUCCACGGCAGCGCUGCUAAACGCAUCCGUAACAUGGGACAAGAAUUUGGUAGUCGUGCGGAAGAUUCUGGUUUGGCCUUGUCUAAUAGUCAGCAAGGUAAAGGUUUAACAUCGGGAGCUACUGCUGAUGACGCGGCAUCAAUGUCUUUCGUUCCCGCGGCUCGAAAAGCAGUUCUACGACGGUCAAUCAGCGACAGCGCGCUGCUGUCGCAGCGGAAAUCCGCGUUGCCGAACCAGUUGCUAACGCAGUGGCUUGCAUAUGUUCACGAACAGACUGACGAAAUGAAUGUAGGACAGGCACAGGGCAUCGAGGAGGAAGAUAGCAAACUGCGAGAUCCUGGGUCCAACGAAGAGGAUGGAACAGCAGACAAUGAAGAAACAGAACUAAGUACGGCGCGGCGCGCUCCGCAUCUAUUCUUCACGGUUGUUGGCGGCGAGGAAUUCGCUAGUUACCUCAAAGGCUGGGUGAAACAUUUUUUUACAUCGAAAAUUGGAGAUUUUCUUGCGAUUGGAUGUCUUGAUUCCAUUGCGCUGCGUACUUGUCGUGAGGCUGCAGUCGUGCAAGGACUCGCUAAUGGCCAUACCAACGUAAAAUCAGCCACCGCCGCGAAAAGUGACUCUUACGCACGGAUGAAAAAGAUGUCGCCUCUUUUCUGUUUAGACACUUCAACUGCAGGCCUUCCCCGCUCUUUUCCACCCGCACCUAUCAAUGCAGCUGGGCCGGGAACCGUGAACAACAAAGUAAAUAUGCUGGGACGAACCAGUACGACUACUACAGAAACAGAUCUUGGCGAAGUAGACGAAAAUCAAUAUCUAGAUCUCCAUGUUGUUCCUAGAGGUGAAGAGGAUUCACAGAAGAGCGGUGAAGGCCUUCCGUGGUUUGGUGACCCUAUCUGGCACAAGUUUCGUUGGAUCCCGGUUUUUCUCUCAGCCGGGAUCGACGUGACAUGGACAGACUUCGACGUUCUGUGGCUGAAACCGUUUAGACCAUUUGCGAGUAUAAUGCGUGUUGAUGGUGUGUCCUCUGAUAGCAGCAGCGCUAAAUUCGACUCUUCUCGGAGCACUUUGUCGACGACCGCAUCUUCGACAAGUACUGUUCUUGAGCAUCAUCGUCCUCAAGGAUUACAAGAGGACAUUUUGGUGACGGAGCACUAUGACGCGCGUUGCAUCAACAAUGGGAUCUUCUCCGUGAAGGCCUCGCCAAGAACUGUCUUGCUCUUUCUCGUUUUCCUGGACUGGUUGCACACAAACGCAUUCGCUGAAAACCAAAAUGGCUUUGACGCGAUGCUUGGGCACACCUUACGUGACAGCUUUCUCACAACAGCCGACUUUCUCAAAGUUCAGCGGCUUUUUUAUCGUGAUGUUGUACGAGCUACGUCUGAAUCUGAUACGUCGAGGGAGAUCGAGAAACUUCAUGCUGGUGAUGCGGCUAGACCCUCUUCGCCUGUUGACACUGAGACUGAGAUGAUUGGCAACUCGGCGGCGUCGACGCGGUCAACAAACACAGACACCAAGCUUGCUGAGAACGAUCGCCACUAUCAGAAGCCAACCGUUUUUUACCGGACACUAGACGUAGAACGGAACUUCAUAUCCGCAGACGGCUGGAAUUCCGAUAGUCCUGACGAGGUCGUAGCCUUUCAUUUUUGGAGCAGUGAUUACAGCAUAGCAAAUUCUUCAUCCACCUCUUCGUGGUUCGAUAUACGGAACGAUGCCUUACCACCACUGUCGAAAGCGAAGCUGUUUGAACUGUUUUUCGACGGGCCUUCGCUUCGACAUGAAGGAAAUGAUCAGGAUGAGGAUGAGGAGGAUGAGGGACUAGAACCAAAGCGAAGUAGUGAGACUUUCGAUGCGGUAGCCCUGCUGAAGAAUUACAUGAGGCAAAGUUACGGGGGAUCGCUAGGAUUAUGUACUUGAUAGUUUUUUCAAAGAUGUAUUUAUAUUCAUAUUCUUAGUCGAAUCUAAGCUAAGGUACCGCAAUGUGAAGUUUUCGAUCCGGCCCGUAGCAUAAAAAUUUGUUGGCUCUAACCUGAAAACAGCAGCGCACGCCGCGUUCGCACGGCACAGCUUUCUUGCUCAGUGCUAACCGCCGGCGCUCAGGACAUUAUUGCGGAAACGAACGAUGUAGGAUGGACGAUUCCAGACGCUGAUGCGCUAGAGCGCGAGCGGUUGCAAUUCAUUCACACCAGAAGCAUACUAAGUAAUGUCCUUGACGAAGAGAGUCCACUUCUGCAAGAUGAUGAUCAAGAUGGCGAACUAUAGUACAUAGUCACAAGAAUAAGGAAGGAGAAUAUUCUUCACUGCUUGAUUUUCUUGGCCUUGGGAAAUCUAGAUUGAUACGAGAGCGCAUAAAAAUGACCGUGACGGAG